AUGCGGGAGGCGACCUCGUUGUCCGCGACGACGAGCGCGCCGAACGGCGGCGUGAACGAGGCGCCGCAUUCUGUGCCGUGCGUCCCCAUCGCCGAUGCCCAGCAAGGUUUCGCCCCGACGCGUGCUUCCGAUGGCAGGGAUGGCAGCGUGGUACUGAGUUUCGACGCGCUUGGCUCCUUGGGUCCGAGCAUAAGCGGCUCGAUCCACUACAGGAGGCUCACCCCGCGUGACAUGGGAGAGUGUGAGAGCCUCCAUCGCGCGUUGUUUCCGAUCAGUUAUGAGGAAGUCUUUUAUCUAACCGCACUGAGCGAGAGCGAUGGGAUCAUCACCCUGUGCGCAGUGGAGAGGGAUUUUGGGGGUGACGAGAGGAUUGUGGGAGUAGUCACGGCGAGGGUCGUGCCGCAAACAGACGAGGAGGACAGGGAGGUGGUUGCGGCCUUCAUUCGGAGGAAGCGUGGCAGAUUAAGAGCGAUGACACGUUGGUUAACUGAAGCAUUGGCGAAAACUCAACCGAAGGGAGGGGGCGAAGUUCUUGAGACACCGUACGUAUACAUCCUAACCCUGGGUGUCCUCACGUCGCACAGACGCAAGGGGCUCGCUAGUGAGCUUCUCGACCGCAUCGUCGAGCGUGCAGUCUUUGAUCAUCAAGUGGAAGUCAGUUACCUCCACGUCAUCACACACGAUGCGGGGGCCCUACGAUUCUACACACGGGGGAAUGGGUACGAGGUUCUUACACAACAUGUAAACUUCUACCGGCUGCCGCCAGAAGGUUGUCCGGAGCCGGGCCGGAUACAUUACGACGCGUUCACACUGGCACGCGGUGUCGGUAAGCUUUCUGAAGAUAGCGUCGGCAGGACAGGACAUGGUCGAGGUGGGCCAUCGCCUCUUGGAGAGCUGGCACGUGGGUGGGAGCAGAUGUGGAGGGCGAUCGUCGCGCUCAUAACUUGGUUGAGGAUGUGGGCAUCGCAGCGCUUGCAGCGCAAGGAGCAGCACUACAUGUAG